GAGAGUGCUGGCUAGCUAGCUGUUUUCUUGGGGUGGACUGUGUUGCCACUGGGGUUGCCAUUGCUGAACUUGGUGAGGACCUGAAGGAGGAACCGGAGGAACGGGAGGAACCCCAUCCAUCCAUCGGUUGAACUUGCGGCCAUGCUGCGUGCGCUCGGGGCCAGUCGCCCGUGGUGGUGUAGUCCGGCACGGCUGACUCAAUGCGGCCGGACGGUGCGGGCCUUGCGCAGUUCGGCCGUCUGCCCGUCGACGGCGGUCAAGAUGCCUUCGCUCUCGCCCACCAUGAGUGAAGGCACCAUCGUCAAAUGGAACAAGGCCGAGGGUGAGAGCGUGGUGGCCGGGGAUGUGCUUUGCGAAAUCCAGACUGACAAGGCCGUGGUGGCCUUGGAGGCCGACGAGGACGGCACUUUGGCCUUGAUUGUGGCCCAGGCCGAUAGCGGCAGCUUGCCCGUUGGAAAUCUGAUUGCCAUGAUGGCUGACGAAGGCGAAGAUUGGCGAGAAGUGGCCAAAUCCGCGCCCACCUCAGCCUCCACUUCAUCUGAGGAUACUGGAGCCUCAACCUCUUCUUCAUCAUCAUCUGGAUCUACAGCUCAACCAACCGGGGGCUCCACCCCUGGCACUGAAGUGAAAAUGCCCUCGCUAUCCCCCACUAUGACAGAAGGCACUAUCGUCAAAUGGUGUAUUCAGGAGGGUGAAAAAAUCAACCCUGGUGAUGUCCUCUGCGAGAUUCAAACUGACAAAGCCGUUGUGGCCAUGGAAUGCGAUGACGAAGCUAUCCUGGCCAAGAUUCUCAUCCAAGAGGGUGAGAGUGGGGUCGAGGUGGGAAAACUCAUUGCGUUGACCGUGGAAGAGGGCGAAGAUUGGCAGGACGUGCAAAUCCCGGCCCAAGAAACAUCUGCGUCCGCUGGAACGGAAAGUGAACCAUCACAGCCCCAAUCGGCCUCAACGCCUUCAUCGAGCACUUCGGGAACCCUGGGAUCGUCACAUGACUUUGAGCACGUGACCAAUGUGGGACCGGCAACGCACUUCUUGAUGGCGCAAUAUGGUAUCAAGUCCAGUCAAGUGAAAGCCUCCGGGCCCAAGGGAAUUGUCAAGGGCGAUGUCUUACAGUACAUCAAAGAUCAUAAUCUAAAGCCUAUUCAAGUGAAAACCGAAGAAGGUGGCGGAAAGGUCGCCAAAGGCAAAGACACCGCAACGGCUGCCACACCAUCCAAGGCGAAAAAAACGAGCUCCGGGUAUACGGAUAUUCCAUUAACAUCAAUGCGAACAGUGAUCGCCAAACGUCUAACCGAGUCCAAGCAGACCUCACCCCAUGGACACGCCACUGUGAACACCACUCUGGAUAGGGUUCUUCAGCUCAGAAAGGAUCUCGCUGCCCGCGGCAUCAAGGUCUCGGUCAACGACUUUAUCAUCAAAGCCGCGGGCACGGCCUUACAAUAUGUGCCAGAGAUGAACCUUAAUGUUUCCUGAGAGGAUUUUCAGAUCAUGUCAAAUGUGGAUGUCUCGGUGGCUGUGGCCACGGACGCAGGUUUAAUAACCCCCAUAGUCAAAGAUGUUCCCAACAAGUCACUCGAUCAAAUCUCCAGUGAUGUUAAGGACCUAGCCGCUCGAGCACGAGAAGGAAAAUUACAACUUCAAGAGUUUCAGGGUGGCACUUUUACCAUUUCGAACUUGGGCAUGUUUGGCAUCACCGAGUUCACCGCUAUCAUUAAUCCGCCACAAGUGGGAAUUUUGGCUGUGGGCUCGGGCAUUGUUCAGAUCGACCCGAUUACUGGAAAACCUUGCACUCAAAUGCGAUCCACUCUCUCCUUUGAUCGGAGAUUCAUCGACGAGGCCUUGGCCGCCGACUUCAUGUCGACCUUCCAAACGGUUUUGGAGCGCCCAGAAUUUAUGAAUCUCGGGCUCAUUCCCGUUGCUAGGAAGGAUAGACAAGCUCAAGUCCUUCUCUAAUCACAGUCAUGAACAAUGGCAUCAAAUAUAUCGUUAGCAAUGUCAUGGAUAUUAUUGAAAUAAAUCUCUAAACCGUU